AUGCAAUCCAUCUGGCUGGCGGCGAUCGAUGUCCUGGCAUUAUUGCUCUUUAUCAGGUUCAUUCCGCUCGGUCUGAUGCUGGACGUGAACGACACCUCGUUCCUUGGUGGCUGCUCGGAAGUGUUCCAUUCGACCGGACAGAACAUUUGUUCGUGCGAGGCCAAGUCGGUGCUUGACGUCCGCAAGCCAUCUCAGAUUCGCUUCCACGAGCAAGAUCUGGUUCUCCAAACGAUUCGUGCGCCUAUCGACGAUCGAUCUAGCCAUGGGCGAGGCGCUCUACGAGUUCAAGUCACCCUCGAGGACGCUUCCGACAAAGAUGUUGCAAAGCAGGCCGCCAUGAGGGAAAGACCCGGGACCCCUUUCGACGUGAUUGACUUCGGCAAUAUGGCUUCGGAUGUCGAUGACGAUGCCGAUGACGAGCUUGAGUUCGAAGGAUACUCCACAAAGCAAAGGGCGUUGCAGACGCUCGAAGCGAGAGGAUUGGGACGAUCCAACUCUGAUCAAGCACAGGUCGGGGCCCGGGACUAUUGUGAGAGCAGAACAGCUAGUCAGACUUUGACACUCAGAACAUGA